CGGCGCCCUGCGAGGAGAAGGAUGACCAGACCAUGCAGAUUCAGAAAUUGCUGCUGUCGCAGGCGGCUGACAGGCGCCUGAUCACCAAGCUACGGAACAGGGUUGUCAAUCUCCAGGACUCACUCGCGCAGGAGCGCAAGCUUCAUGCGCAGGCUCGCGAGAAGACGAAGUCGGCCUCCCAGCUCCUCCACCGCAUCAAGGUGCUCGUGGGGAAGUCCGAGGCGGCGGCGCCUCCUGCCGCCGAUGGCUCCACCGACAGUCCGUCGCCAGCGAAGGCGGGGAACCCGCCGGCGGCGGGCGCGCCGAUUGUUCCGGCCUUCCACCUCACCGUGCACAAGUCGAGGGUGCCAGUCGUCGUAAGCGAUGACGGGCGCGCCCACGAGAGCGUGGAGAACGUGCAUGGCGCUCGCGACAGGCGGCGCAGACAGAUAUACGCAGCAGAGAAGGCCAAUGGGCGCGAGGAUAAAGAGGCCGCUGCAGCCGCGCUGAGAAGGCAGAAGGCGGAGGGCAUGGUGCAGCGAGGCCAGGCAUGCCCGACCAUUCUGGCGGAGAUUCGCUCGGGCUCUUCGGGCUCUUCGACCGCUUCGAGCAGCCGUGAUGUGCAUUCUCCAUCGCCAAGCAGCGGCACCGAGUCCUUGGAUUGUGAGGUGGCCGAGGGCGAGCCGCCGCUGGAGAAGCCCAGGCCGCCGAAGGAGCCGCGGCGGGUGCUCGGCCAGCAGGGCGCUGCGACCCGCGGGGGCAAGCAGUGA